AUGUCUCAGAAUGAGCCAUUAAAAAUCACAUUGAUUGGUGCUGGCACCAUUGGCCUUUCUUUCGUAGCUCUACAUUUCCAACAAGCUGUUUCCCAAGGAGCGCCGAGCCUCGAGCUGACCAUCCACGACUCCCGGCCUGACAUUGAAGAGUACAUACUCAACACACUGCCUGCAUACACCAAUGCAGAGAUUACGAAGAAAGUCUACGUGACAGGUGGCUAUGAUGUGACCCUAGACGAUGUCCUAGGACACGCCAGAAGCAAUACAUUAAUCGUUGAUAAUAAUCUGGAAAGCGCAGUGUCGAAAGCGAGUAUCAUCCAAGAGCAAGGGCCGGAGAAUGCCGCCUUCAAGACCGCCCUUUGGCCUAAGGUCGAGCAGCACUGCCCACCCGACGCCUUACUCUGGAGCUCCACGAGUGGCAUUUCUGCCUCAACCCAGUCCACCGACAUGAGAGACCGCUCCCGCCUAAUCGUUGCGCACCCAUGGAACCCACCUCAUGUCAUGCCUUUAAUCGAAGUGGUCCCUUCUCCAUAUACAAGCCCGAAAGUGAUAUUGCGGACGAUGGAGUUCUGGAAGAGCAUGGGCAAAGUCCCCGUCUUGCUCCAGAAAGAAAUCACAGGGUUCGUGGGUAACAGACUUGCCUUCGCCCUUUUGAGGGAAGCCAUACAUCUGGUCAAUGAGGGUGUGGCUUCGGUCGAAGAUAUCGAUAGCGUCAUGGAGAAUAGCCUUGGUCCACGAUGGGCUGUCUCCGGCCCUUUCAAGAGCUAUCAGGCCGGAGGGGGUGAGGGUGGGAUUGAGGCUUUCUUUAAGAAUAUUGGUGGUACGGUACAGGCUUGUUGGGAUGACAUCGGGAAGGUGAACACGGGCGAAGGAUGGGAGAAGAACAUCUACUAUCAGACAAAGGAAGCUUAUGGGGUCGUUGAUACGAAGGGGAGAGACGCGAAGAUACGGAAAGUACUUGGUGCUGCACAAUCUAGUGAACAAUGA